UGUUGAUUUAGUGUCAACAGCAAAUGUUAUGAUGUUUUAAGAGUCCUGUUAAAUUUACUAAAUACUGUAAUUUAUUUAAUUCUAAUUAUACACUAUUGUGACUAUUGUCUAAACUGCAUUCCUUUCAGCCUUCAAAUUUUUAACAAUUUGUGAUGAUAGAAUCAACUGAAGAUAAUCUGACCCAGCCGAUCCCUGAUGAAACCGGUGAUGUUAGUCAAACAACCCUUCAAUCAAUAAAUCUUAACAAUAACGAAGAAAGAGCAGAUGGUGAACAUGAUAAUGUCGAUGGCACUGGAAACGAAGAGAAAUCGGAUGACAAGAAUGGUGCCUUAGAUGACAAAUGUGUAGAGAGUUCGAAUAAUCUCGAAAUCGAUAAAAAUACUGUUUAUGAUAGUGAUGCAAUGGAAGCCCAUCUAGGCAAAGAUGGCACGAUAGGAGAUGAAGCUGAGGUGACGCAUAUUGAUGAAGCAAUAAUCAACUCUUGCCAUGAGGAUAAAAAACAGUUGGACAGUGUUGAAGAAACGUUAAAAGAUGAUGUUACUAUUGACAAGUCAACUUAUGAAAAAAUGCUUUCGGACCAGAAAAGAUUGCAAGAUGAACUCAAACGUCUGAAAGAGCAUUUAAUUAUGGUCGAAGAUGAUUAUACUUCUGAAAUAUUGGAACUAGAAACUCGAGAAGCUGUUGUGAAAAACGAAUUGAAUCAAGCUCUGGAAUCAAUAUCGCAGUUGAAAGCUUCUCAAACUGGUUUUUCACAUGAUCCAAAUUUUUCUGAACAGUUGGAAAAGUUGAAAGAGGAAAGAGAUCGAGCUUUAGACGAUGUAUCCAAACUGGAUGAUAAAGUUCAUAGUUUAACAGCUUCUGUGACCAAUCUGCAGUUGGUUAUUGAACAAAUUCAAAAAGAAAAUGAAAAGAAAAUUAAAUCUUUAGCGAAGCAACAUGAAGCUGCUAUAGAAUCAGAGCGUGCAAUACAAAACGAGCUACGACAAGAAAUUGAAAUUUAUGAAAAAAGGAUAAUCGAAGCUUCUCAAGCUCUUCAAGCUGCAACUAGAUUGACCGAAAACAUCGACAAUAAGGAGAAGAUUAUACAAAAUUUGAAACAAGAGCUCAAUGAUAAAGACCAUCACAUAUCUAAACUGGAGAUAGAUAUAGCCAAUUUGAAGACUAGUUUUGAAGGAAAGGUUGACAAGCAAGUUAUUAAAAAUCUGAUACUUGGAUAUUUCGGUACACCAAAUGAUAAAAAGCAUGAAGUUGAACGUUUACUAGCUCGUGUAUUAGAUUUCAACGAGGAAGAAAUGUCUCGUGCUGGCUUAUCUUUUGGUCGUCAACCAAAUAAAUUUACUGUUGGUCCAAUAAAUCCAGCAAACUCUUCAGAUAAAGUGAAAUCAACUGCAACCGGAUCGGUAUUGUUAGCUCCUUCACAAAAACUACCUGUUAGCAACUCUGCAAUAGCCUCUCCAGGAUCGUCUGGACUUCAUCAAUCUUCGUCCCAGGAAACCAAUCCUGAUUCACUAUCAAAGAUGUUUGUUGAAUUUUUGGAAGCUGAGUCUCGACCGAAAGGAGGUGUAGCAAAUUCAUCAGUCUCGCCUCUUACCCGUGAACUUGCUCGAGAUUUCACCAAAGUUGCUCUUAACUCUAGUACUAAAAACAAUCUUUUAGAGUCUACACUAAAUGGGAAAAACAAAAUGAGUCCUAUUGCAAUAACAUCAUCAUCCUCAUCAUCCUCAUCAACCACUACCGCUACAAACACAUCAUCUUUACCUUUUUCAUCAAAGUCAUCAUUUUCGUCACUUGUAACAACUCGUGGCCUUCAGCAAACUCCUAAUGGUAUUUUAUCAACGAAUAGUAAAUUAUUGAAUCCAAUUCUUGCUCCUGCUUCUUCUUUUGCGUCUAACAAGCUUGGUAACAAUUUUUCUGGUUCUUCUCAUAGUCCUAUUCGGCCAAUCACAAUAAAUUCAACUAACUUAUUAGAUCAUGAUCAAUCAACUAAUACAGACUUUUCAACAUCAACAUCUUCUUCCUCUUCUUCAAUAUUAAAAUCAAUACCAAGCCUUAACACUCUCAUAAAACCAACUAAUUUUGAGUCCAAUCAAAUCGUGUCUCUAUCAUCGCCAUCUUCAUCAACUUUGGAUUGAGACAAAAUUGCUUUUAUACCGAUUUCAAUCAAUCAAAACCCAGUAAUGUGUAUCACUGACGUUAUUUGAUAGCAUGAUAAAAAUAUGUGUUAACACUUUA